UCAGCAUGGGCAAGUUGGGCCCGUUUCUCUGCUGCGUGGCUAUAUUUCAUCAAAUAUUGUGAGAGGGAAAUGUCAUAGUUGUCAUUGAAAUGGAGAUGUCCUGCUGUUACACCAACACUUUGUGUUUUACUCGAGAUAUCAUGUCUGUAGAAUUUUAAACGAUGCUGUCUUCGUCGUUCAAGUUGCAAUGGCAGAAUUUACGGAACCGAAACCCAACCAAGAUGCAAACUCCAAAUCGAUUUUCUCGGAAAUUCAAAACUGAAAGUAAGAUUUGGACGUGGAGUGAUAAAAACGAAAGUAACACCCGAUGCAGCAGAGCAGAGCGGAGCAUCGGCGGUGGGAGACUGGUCUCCGGGACACGGCGGAGGCUGCGACGUCCUCCUGCAACCCUACGCCCGCAGGGGCCGGAGCCCAGGCCCGGCUGCCCCGGGACAGUCCCAGGAAUGGCACAAGCUCAUGAAAAGGCUGAAGUCCCAAAUUUAUUAACAUCAGAGAAUGUUAAUCUGGAGGUGUCGUCCACCAUUCAGCCAGCCGGUGAGAAUGAAGCGUCUUUACAGGAAGCAGAGAAUGCUUGUGAAAUGCAGUGUGACCAAAAUCCAGUCCUGUCACCCAAAAGAGCAAAUGAACAUGAAACUCACAAACCGCAGCGGAAGCAGAGAAAAAAACGGAAUAAACGGAGUCUAACUGAAACAUGUGAAGUGACUACCUCAGCUUCUCAUCUUGAGCAGAUUCCUUCAGAGAGUGAACACAAGGACACUGAAACAACACACAGUAAAAUUGAUAAUAAAACCACUGAUUAUUCUGCUGACACUGAAGAUGUGGCCAAUUUUCAAAAGUCUACCAGUGGAAAUGAUAAUCUAGAAGAUGCUGUAGGUGAUGACCAUCCCCCCAAGUCAACGCUAAAGAAUCAAAUGCCAGAUAGUUACAGUUCAGUCAAAGAAGAGCCAAAUUCAGGCUUGGAAUCAUCCAAAAGUGGCAUUAUACCCAGUGAGAACAAAGAUCAAGAUGCUAGAGCUACUGUAGAGAAGCCAGCACCUCACCCACAGAAGAAAAAUUCAACUGAUUCAAAGGAGGGUAUAAUUUUAACACUGGAAAAACAAAAGGAGAACAAUGGUAAUGUUGAAUCAGCAAAGGAAGUCCAUGGAGGCAAAUCAGAAGCUGCAAAAGAUAAUGCUGGAAGUGACCUUGAGUGUACAGGAGCCAGCAAAGAAAAGAUUUGCAAUCAACAGAACUCAAAGAAGGAAGAGAGCAUUCCACUUACUAAGGGUGAAGAUUCAGUUACUGAUAAUAAAAAGAAACGGCUUCAACAGAGUGAGAAAAAAAUACCGGAACAGGAAUACAAGACUGUGGAAGAAAAACAUAUUGAUAAACCAUCGGAAAGCCCAAAGCAGGAAAGUAACAAGGAAUUGUCAAUGACAACAAUAAGCAAUAGUGCUGAUGCAGAUAAAACAUCAUUAAGCAGGAAGGAAAAAAAACAGCAAAGAAAACAUUCAAAGGAAAAUACUUCUGGCUUAAGUUACACAAAUUUAAAACCUGAAGAAACGGUUUCCAUUUACUUCCAUGCAAUACUGUCAAAGGAUUUUAAAUUCAAUCCAUAUAAAGAUAAAGUAGUUAUAAGAUCAGGAGGUCUUGCUGAUAAAUGGGCUACAAACUUAUUGGAAAUGAAUGUAUCUAAGGAUUUAGGAGAACAUGGAUACUUCAUUGAAGGGUGCCAUUCUGUUCAUAAAGACAAGAUUGAAAAACAACAUCCUUAUAAGUACGUAGUCCUACGUGACAAUAAAAUAGACUACGAAUUUAUUUAUAAGUCUGACUCGCCAAAAGAUUGGAUCACAAAUCGCUGCUUAAUUAUAAAACAACAUUUGCUUUAUGAAAGAGAGUGGCAUCAGUACGAUGAUAUUAUCUGCGCACCACACGAUAAACGUUGGGCAGAUAAAUUACUUGAUUUCAUCAAAAGUGGAAAAAAUGAUAUAAAAAGAGGAAAACAACUAGCAGGUGAAAUCAUGGUGGAUUCGAUAUUUGAUAUUCUUACAACCUGGAAUGAAAAGAAUUUGAAGAAUUGCCUGCAACAGCUACGGCAAUUCUAUGAAGUAUAUAAAAAUCCUAUGGUUUUUGAAGGAAGGCCAGUUACUUGGUCUUCUCUUUCCUUUGGGAUGAAAGACGUUCAGGAUAUUCUGAAAAAUGCUUUAAAGAAAAUGGCUAGACGUCCAAAUAAUCAAGUUUCAGAAACCAAGACGCAUGAUGUGCAAAGCCGCCUACGAACUGGUAUUCUAAUAUUGGUCCUGUCUGAAGAAUAUGGUCUUGAAUGGUCAAAUUCUGAACUGGCUGAAGUUUGUGAUUUUUUUAGUGUACAACAAUUAUCAGCAAAUAACAUCACCGUGGAAUUCAAGACUCUCAAAGAAAGUUUCUAUUUUGAACAAAGGAUUACAACAAUACUAAAGCAGAUGAUGGUUAGAUGUAUCGAAAACAGAAUAAUAGGAUGGGUGCAAGUCAUUCCGGUUCUGCAUUUAUUUGGUUUUUCAUCCAAUAUAGCGAGCCCAAUUUUUUUGGAUUAUUGUCAGACUGAAGACAGCUGGGCUGGACUUGAUGGGCUUCCUUUUAUUACUUUUAGGCAAAAAAUUUAUGACACAGUCCAAAGGGAGCUACUUGAACUCAUGAGCAAAAGUAAGCAUUUAAUGGAAGUAGAUCGACUUUUAGCUCGUUCUUGGUUUACCUUAUUGCCAUCAAAAGCUUUGCCAGAUUACUUGAUGAUGGUUACACCUAAUCUGCUCGAUGUUCUGCAAGGAAUCAUUCAGAGAUGGAAGACUGGAUCUAUUUCAAUGGAGAGUUUGAAUCGUGUUUUGAAACUUGCAGAAGAAACUGUGUGCAGUCAGCAGAACAGGGAUCUAUGUGAUGAACGUUUAGAAGCAUGUGUGAAAGCCAGCUUGAAAAUCCACGAAAUCAUAUGUAAAUCAAUGAAAAAGGUGGACUUUACAGAAACUAUUGCCACUUCGGUUGUGCUAAUUAGCAAAAUUGCUAAAUUAAAAAAAUCUUCAUCAAAGGUUGCUGGUGAGCACUCUCAACGUGAGGAAGAUCCAGGAAUGCCAUGCGUUGAAUUAACAAUGACUUUAACAACUACGAGAGAAUGGCUAAAGGCUGUCCUCAGUUCAAAAUCACUACUUAACCGAGCUACUUUUUUCAAUCAAGAUGAAUUUCAUGUAUGGAUUACCCUUACAACCUUAGACCUUGGAAAUACAGAAUGGACUUCUUUUUGGAUUAAAGGACUCUUGAGUGAGCUAGAAGGGCGAAUGAAGAAGGAAAAACCAAUCCAACAGAUAGAAAUCUACUGCAAAAAGAUUGAGGAGAUACGAAAUUUGCAGCCUUUGAUUGCAGAGUGCUUUGAGAAGUGCGCACUUGAUGCUGUUUAUAUUAUAUGUCAGGACAAGUCUGAAGCUCAACUUUUAGAAAGAUUGUGGAAUUAUAAUUUGACCAAAUUUGGGAAAUUGGUGUCAACAAUAAUUGAAAAUUCAUGGGAAAAAGACUACAGUGGAAUGUUUUUGGAUGAUCCUGAUUCAGUUCUCUGGCAUUUACUUAACUGGUCAGCAGCAAAGACAAUUUUUCAGUUACUUGGAAUAGAUAACAAAGUCACUGAACAGCUCUCAAAUAAAGCUAAAGAUUUGAUGGCACUGGCGGUUCAAAUAUUCCAACAUGUGAUGAGGGACCUUUUGGAUGGCUCUAUCAAAAUAAAACAUUUAGAGUGGAUCUUAAAGAAGAAGGACAACUUUAUGGCUUUGCAUAAGACAAAGCAAGGUGAAUCAUUCAAAGAAAUAAAUCUACGUCAGGUAUUGACUUGGCGACAAAAGGAAUUGAAUAGAUUCUUUGAAGAACGUAAUUGGGUGGAUAGUUUCUUGAAAAUGUGCCAUAAAAUUGAUGAACAUGUGAAAGUGGCAAUCGAUGAUCUUAAAAAUUUGUUUGAUCAUGAUGUUCGGGAAAUGAAGCUGAAUGAAGUUGUGACGAUAGAGCAGAUUGGUGCUCAGUAUAUUGUACCAUGCAUCCCUAUGGUUAGUUAUUUCUCCUUAAGUGAAGAGAUAAAACAAAUGGCAAGUGCCAUUGACCGCUUCAAAGACAGCUACAUUUUACAAAUGUGCUGGGAAAAAGAGGCACACCAUAUCUAUGUUAGCAAUGAACAACAGAAUGAACCACCACUGUCUCUUGAAGAAGCUUGUACCAUGAUUUGGAAUCCAUGUUUUGGCCAGUAUAAGGACAUUUUUGUAAAAGUAAAGGAGGCCAGUCUUACUUUUGCAGAGGUUGAUAACAUAUUUAAAGACUAUCGUGAUCGAUAUGAAGAACUGAGAAGAGAUUUAAGGAUUAUGUGUAGAAUAGACGGCAAUACUAAGGAUAACUGGAUUGAAGAGCGAAUCCGACAAAUUAAGGAAUACCACCAACUACACUUGGCUGUUGAAUCUGCCCAAAUAAUUGCAAAAGUGCAGAGUGUUCUUAACCUUACUGGAAACUUCACUGUUCUGGAAACAUUACUAAAUGUGACGAAUGAAUCCUAUAGGGAUAAAAGUCUGCACUAUAUAAAUGAGCACCUUAUACAAGCCAAGAACCGUCUUGUGGAAAUAACAAAGCCUCGGAGGAAAGCUUUGAAAGAGUUUACUCAAAGAUGCCAGUUUUUGCAAUGGGUCAAAGAGGCUUUGAAAGAUGUAACUGAGUUGAAAGUGUUUGUGGACCUGGCUUCAAUCUCAGCUGGUGAAAAUGAUCUUGAUAUCGAUCGUGUGGCUUGCUUUCAUGAUGCUGUAUUGGGCUACUCAUCAUUGCUGUUUGAAAUAAAGCCACAAGCUGGAUUUGAUGACUUCAUACAUUGUGUACAGAAAUUGUGGAAUGCUUUAGAUAAUGACCCGGAUCUUACCAAGAAGCUGCAAGAUUCAGCUCGGCAUUUGGAAUGGCUGAAAACAGUAAAGGAAAGCCAUGGGUCUAUAGAACAAUCAUCACUUUCAUUGGCUUCAGCUAUAAACAGCAGUGGAAUUUAUGUAAUCGAUUCUCAAGGGAAAAACAAGCUUUGUUUAGGUUCAGCAAUCAUAUUAAAACUGCCAGAAGCUCAUGGUGACAAUGAAGAAGUACGAAGUUACACUCUUGAAGACCUAAAAGAACUGCAGAAUAAACUCAUGCUGAUGUCAGGCAAGGGAGAUCAUGGCCGGAAUGAAGUGGACAGAUUUGUAGAGGUAUUUGCCAAUGUCCAAAGACUUGCAACGUCAUUCAUCAGUCUGUUUUCUGCUGGCAACAUGCUCUUUAGGAACUGGAAAAUAGAAGUGUAUUGUUCAAGGACGUGUGAGGCUUGCUUGAUAAUAGAUUUCAAUCUAAAGGAAGUGCGUAUUAUUAAAGCUGUUGGAAAAGUCACCGAACAACUUCCCAUUCUUUGUAAAAAGAUGGAAGCCUAUCUGGAAGUAUGGAAGCAGUAUAUGGAUAAGCAAAGGUCCCGGUACUAUUAUUUAAACUUCUACACAGCUGAACAAAUUGUUUACCUCAGUACCCAAUUAUUUAAUCACAGCUGUACCAGACUAGAUGUUCUGAUGAUGUUGUCAUUCAUUAAACCCAACUGUACUGCCGGCGACCUAGAAGUAGCUCAACAGAAACUUUUUGAUGGAGAUACAAGCAUAGGACAUCGCCCAUUAGGUGACAGGAAGAGUUGUGUCCAACCUUUUAUGAUGAGACAAGUAGAUAUUCAAGACAUAGCCAUGGAAGAAACAAUGGAUUUGGUGUGGAAGCAGUAUAUGGAAAACAUGACUUAUUUUCUGUCCAACUGUCUUGAUGUCAGCACCCUUGGUAAACUUCUUGAAAAUGUUGCUGACAUGAAACAAACUGUUGCAAGGACAAUUCCACCUGGCUUUCAGACAGGUCAUCCUAACCUUGUUGUUUGUCCACAUUCUGAACUGCUUACAUCUGCUUUAUGCAUUUACAUGCACUCCAGUAAUCAGCCAUUGCCUACUUACGAUGAAGUACUUAUUUGCACAGCUGAUACCACAAAUGAACAAGUAGAGCUUUUCCUGAGACGGUGCCUGACUUCUGGCUGCACACAUUCCAAGAUCUAUUCUCUACUGUAUGCAGAUGAGCUAACAUAUGAUGUUAGUGUAAGGUUUGAAGAAUUGUUCAAAAAUCUGGAGUUGAAAAGUCAGUCAGAUCAAUAUAAAUUGGUGAUAUUGUGCAAUAGUGAGAGGGAACACUGCUACAUUCCAACAGCGUUGAGUCGACACAAGGUGCACAUGAUUCCGCAACAACCUUUAAAGGAAAUCCAGAGUUAUCUCGAAAAUCAUUACAGAGUUUCAACUAAUUCAUCAGCGGCUACUGUCUUUAGAGAUGGAAUGUUUGUGAGGAUCAUAUCUUCAAACAGAGCUGGUGUUGGAAAAUCACUUUAUGUGAAGAGAUUACAUGAAAAAUUAAAGAAACAAGCUGGAAAGGAUAACUUGUUGAAAACAAUCCAUCUCUUAGAACCACAGGUUGAUGAAAAUAAAGUUCUCCAAGCUCUCUUUUCAUGUAUAAAAUCAUCAAAUAAAAACCAGCCUUUGAUAUUUCACUUUGAUAUCGCAUCUACUGUACAGAAAGGAUUAUGUGAAUUUCUUUUCAAACUAUUUAUCCUACAAUAUUUAAUGGGCACCGAUGAAAAGAUGUGGAAGUGCAGUCAAAGACAUUUGUACGUUGUGGAAAUGCUUAAGGGAUCUGGAUUUCUUCCCAGGAUGCGAGCAAGACAUAGUGCACAGGUGGCAAGUUACAAUUUUCUAGAUGUCUUCCCAAAAGUGUACUGUAGACCACCAAAAGAAGUACUUGAAGAAGAAGUACGAAAGUCCGAAACGCAGUCGUGGAAUGGGAAUGAUAUUGAUCCUCUCAUGGAUGAGAAAGAAUUUCGAAGUGAAUCAUUUCAAAGACCUUAUCAGUAUCUCAGAAAAUUUAAAAACAGACAGACCUUGGAUACCUUUAUUUACCAAGGAACUGUUGAAGGCAACCAUGUUGAAUGCUUACAGUUGUUUCUAAUCUAUUCUGGGGUAAUGGAUCCUUCCUGGUCUGAGUUACGGAAUUUUGCCUGGUUUCUUAACCUGCAGUUGAAGGACUGUGAAACGUCUGUGUUUUGUAACUUUGAUUUCAUCCAAGAUACUCUACAAGGCUUUAAAGAUUUUGUUGUCAACUUCAUGAUUUUGAUGGCAAAAGAUUUUGCAACACCAUCCCUUAACAUCUCAGACCAGAGCCCAGGAAUUCCAGUUUCAAACUUAAAUGGUGCUUCAGAAGAAGACAUUGCACCAUUUCUUUUGAGAAAAAAGUGGGAAUCCGAGCCACAUCCUUACAUUUUCUUUAAUGAUGAUCACAUAUCUAUGACUUUCAUUGGUUUUCAUCUCCAACAAAAUGGGCAAGGUGGCAUUGAUGCUGUUGACCCAUCAAAUGGCAAUAUUAUUAAACCAAAUGUAAUGACCCGUCAGCUAUAUCAAGGUUUGCUGCUACAAAAAGUCCCGUUCAACAUUAAUUUUGAUGAGCUUCCACGGAGUGAAAAGAUUGAGAGGCUUUGCAUGGUACUGGGCAUUGAGUGGCCAAUCGAUCCCGAUGAAACCUACGAGUUGACCACAGACAAUAUUUUAAAAAUUCUUGCCAUUCACAUGAGAUUCAGGUGUGACAUUCCUGUGAUCAUUAUGGGAGAGACUGGGUGUGGUAAAACAAGGCUGAUCAAAUUCUUGUGUGAGUUACGGAAAAUUGGUGCUGACACAGAGAACAUGAAGCUAGUGAAAGUGCAUGGUGGAACAACUGCAGAUGUAAUCUACGCAAAAAUUAAAGAAGCAGAAGCCCUUGCAAUAUACAAUAAGCAGGAGUUUAAUUUAGACACCAUCCUCUUUUUUGAUGAAGCCAAUACAAGUGAAGCUGUUAGCUGCAUUAAGGAAGUUGUUUGUGACCAUAUGAUUGAAGGCGUUCCUUUAAGUCCCAAUACAGGCUUGCAGAUAAUUGCAGCAUGCAAUCCUUACAGAAAACACACAGAUGAAAUGGUAAAGCGUUUGGAGUCAGCUGGGUUAGGCUACCGUGUCCGAGCAGAUGAAACUGAAGAUAAAUUGGGAUGCAUUCCUUUGAGGCAACUUGUCUAUCGUGUGCAAGCUUUGCCUCCUAGUAUGAUACCAUUAGUGUGGGAUUUCGGGCAACUUGAUGAUCUCACUGAGAAGAUGUACAUCCAGCAAAUUGUCCAAAGGUUGACUCAGUCCAUUUCAGUUUCCUCUCUCAAUAUUAAAUGCAUGGUGGAUACUUUGUCAGCUUCACAAAAUUUCAUGAGAUGUCAGCAAGACGAGUGCAGUUUUGUAAGUCUUCGAGAUGUGGAGAGAUGUAUGAAAGUGUUUGUUUGGUUUUACAACAAUCGCAACAUGCUAUUGGACAAUUUGGAACAAUUUCUACAAGAUGUUGGCAAUAAGGAGGUAUCCAUUCCAUCAAGUGAUGACAACUGGCCUUUUGUGUUGGCACUUGGAGUUUGUUAUCAUGCAUGUUUGGAAAAGAAGGAUGUUUAUCGUAGGGCUAUCUGCCAUCAUCUGCCUUCACCAUAUGAUGAUCCUUCCAAAUUUUCACAGCAACUUGAGCUCUUCCAAGAUCUUUUACUAAGUGGUGCACCCCUGCGAGAAACAAUUGCCAGGAACUCUGCAUUAAAGGAGAACGUUUUCAUGAUGGUCAUUUGCAUUGAACUUAAAAUCCCUCUUUUCUUGGUUGGAAAGCCUGGCAGCUCCAAAUCUCUUGCAAAAACAAUUGUAGCAGAUGCUAUGCAGGGCAAAUCAGCACAUUCUGAAUUAUAUAAAAAACUAAAGCAGAUCCAUUUAGUGUCUUUCCAGUGUAGUCCUCAUUCCACCUCUGAAGGAAUAAUUAAUACAUUUAAGCAGUGUGCACGCUUCCAAGAAGGGAAGAACCUAGAUGAAUAUGUUUCUGUUGUGGUCUUGGAUGAAAUUGGUCUUGCAGAAGAUUCACCAAAAAUGCCACUAAAAGCUCUUCAUCCACUCUUAGAAGAUGGAUGCAUUGACGAUGACCCUGUUAAACAUAAAAAAGUAGGUUUCAUUGGAAUAUCCAACUGGGCUCUAGAUCCUGCUAAAAUGAACAGAGGGAUUUUUGUAUCGCGAGGGGAUCCUGACAAAGAAGAAUUGAUUGAAAGUGCCAAAGGAAUCAGUUCUUCUGAUCGUAUGAUACAAAAAAAAGUGAAAGGGUCAUUUGUGAACUUUGCAAACGCUUAUCUAAAAAUUUGUAAACAACAAGCUAAAGAGUUUUUUGGACUACGUGACUAUUAUAGUUUAAUAAAAAUGGUCUUUUCACUAUCGAAAACCUCCAAAUCAGAACCAACCCCAGAGCAGUUAGCCAAGAUUGUGCUGCGUAACUUUAGUGGAAGCGAUGAUGUUAAUGUUAUGGAUGUUUUCAAGCCUGUACUUGGGAAUAUUUCUCAUGACAGCAUCAACACGUUGGAUCUGAUCAAAUGCAACAUAUAUGCUGCAGAUUCUGAUGAUAUGGAGUGUCGGUACCUUCUUAUUCUUACCAAAAAUUUUGCAGCUCUUCAAAUUCUUCAGCAAAUGUUUUUUGCCAAUCAACAUCAGCCUGAGAUAAUCUUUGGGUCUAGUUUUCCAAAAGAUCAAGAUUAUACUCAGAUUUGCAGAAACAUCAACCGUGUUAAGAUUUGCAUGGAAACUGGGCAAAUGGUAGUUCUGUUAAAUCUGCAGAAUCUUUAUGAAAGUCUUUACGAUGCAUUGAAUCAAUAUUACGUGUACCUUGGAGGACAGAAAUAUGUGGAUUUAGGAUUGGGGACUCACAGAGUCAAAUGCAGAGUCCAUCCAAAGUUCAGACUGAUAGUUAUAGAGGAGAAGGAAGUAGUCUACAGAGAGUUUCCAAUUCCACUGAUCAAUAGACUUGAGAAGCAUUAUCUUGAUAUUAACACAGUCCUUGACAGAGAGCAAAGAAGUACUGCAAACUGCAUGGAAAAGUGGGUGCAGAGGUUCACAGCAGCCAGAUCCCAAAAUGUUUCAACCCAUGGCAGGGAACAGAAAUAUGGUCCAUCUGAUGUGUUUGUUGGCUAUCACUCUGACACAUGUGCAGCUGUUGUUUUAAAAAUAACACAAAGCUUGAAGCAGACUCAAAGAUCUUGGGAAGAUGUUCUCAAUGAAGCACAAUGGGUGCUACUGAAUUGUGCCACCCCAGAUUCCGUGGUUCGUUUAACUAAUUCUAAACUUCCUGCACACGAGGCUGAUGUGGUUGUGCAGAAAUACUUUGAAGAACAACAUCACGAUUCUCUUGCCGAUUUCAUCCAUUCUCAUAUCAAAUCUGGAGUUCAGACCUGCGCAGUUUUCACCGAGGUUACAACAUAUUCACGGCUUCUAACUGCUUCUGACAUUGAAUUCUUGCAAAGAGAAAUAAGUGGCAGUGUUCAGAAUAUCUUCCUUUGCUCACUACAGCAGUUUGAAACGGAGCAUUCAUUUCUGAAGAAAAUAAGGCACUGCAUCUAUUCUAGCCAGGGAAACACAAUCUUGCUUAUACAAACGGAUUUUGAAAACAGUUUACAGAGUGCUAAUUUGGUUGCUUCUGCCAAGUAUUCCACUUUAAAUGAAAUCAACAAAAGCAAAAGUGACAAUCGAACAGUCUACAUUUAUUUUCUCACUAAAUUGCCAAGAAUAGAAGGUGGAUCAGCAUACAUAGGAUUUCAUGGAGACCCAUGGCAGUCAGUUCAUAUUGAUGACCUUCGGAAAUCGAAAGACAUGUUUACAGAUCUGACAGCUUUCAAAGGGAUUACUAUUAGCCAGCUUUUCGGCAGAGACCCAGGGGAGCCUGAACCAAUAUCUGUUUGUAUUUCAGCCAUGAUUGUUGAUCAGGAGGAAGAGAUUCUUGAUAAAACAAAGAUACUGGAUACAACUUCCCUCAUAAGGAAUUGUGUGCAGUCUGCUGUUAGCAUGCUGAGAGAUCUUCAUCGGAGUUCAAGUCGCAGCACCACACGAGUUGAAAUCCUGCUUUCUCUGUUAAGAGAAGAUGUUGAAUUCAAAGCUUCAUUCCUGGCAUUGAUGAAGCAAAGGUUGCACUCCCUUCUGGUGAAACGUGAUGAGGAGUCUUUCAGUGCAACUGAGUGGAUGCUACGGGAAGCCUCAAAUGUUGAAGCCCUUCAGGAAGGUGGCACUUUCAGACACACACUUUGGAAGCGAAUUCAAACAGUAGUAACACCUCUUCUGGCACAGAUAAUCUCUGUUAUAGACCGAGACUGUAACUUAAAUUUGUUACGUGAUGAUACUCCUUUAUUUGUACGAAAUCUAUGGAUGAACAUUUUUAAUGACGCAAAUCUCUUGGAGCUUCCUUACAACAGAACUAUCUUCAGUUUGGAAUCUGAAAUUGUUGUCCACAAUUAUAUGAAGAUGGACGUACUAAAUAUUGGCAAUGAGCUUCCUUUCAGUUGGAGAAUAAAGGAGUUUCUGGAUGAGCUAUGGAUUCAAGCCCAAUACAUGGAAGGACAAGUUGAACCAAAGCUGAAUGAAAUAUUUAACAAAACUGGAUUUGGAAAGUACUUUUCAAAUGUGAAUGAAGAAUGGAGACAGAACUUUUUCUUCAGGUACUUGGCUGAUUUCCUGCUGAUGACAAUGAAAAUCUCAACUGAAGUUGAAUUUGAGUUCCUUCAAGGAGCACUGAUCUCCUGCAUAAAUCAGCUGAAAAUAGAACAUAAUAUUGGAGACGAAAUGUCUUUGCUUUGGGUGCACGUUGCAUAUCAACAUUUCAAAAACCGUCUGCAGAACUUUUCAAGAAUUAUUGUAGUGAAUCCUUCUGUUCUGACAUUGCUACAGAAGAUCAAAGAUAAAAUACAGAAGGCUGAAGACAAAGAGAUGGUCAUAGAUAUUUAUGCAGCAGCUGCCUGUGUUGAUUUGCUGGAAUUUGAACACACUAAAUUGUCAUAUCCGGCCUGGCUGCAGAUGGUGAACACUCUGCAAAUGCCCAUUGAGUUGGUCUGCACAGAAGUCUUAUCACAAUGUGAAGGAAGGAAAUCUUCCAUUAUGCAUUAUGUCCAAUCUGGGUGGCGGAGAAUAUUUUCAUUGUCACUUUUCGUGGAGCAUCUCAUUUUGGGAGUUGAUGAAAUACAUAGUAAAUUGCAGAACAUGGUUGUAAUCUACGCUGUUCGACUUGCAAAGAGUCUGAACAGUAACUCUGAUUUGAGAUUGCAAGAUCCCUUUCAGGCUGUGAUUACGAUCCUAAGGGAAUGCAAACGUGAUGCAGGAUGUCUGUUUUUCAGAUACGGUCUGCAAGAAUGUUCAGUUUGCUUUGGAGAACUCAACAAUCCUGUAUUGCUUCCAUGCGAUCAUCUUUACUGCUUAAACUGCAUUAAGCAGUGGUUCGCAUCAGGAGAUGUAUACUGCCCAUGUUGCCGCACUGCUGUGGCUAAUGAUUAUGUACCAGAGGCGUCCGAAGAAAUAAGUGAAGCUGUUUCAAAAGUAAUCCUAUUUUGCAAGAGGUGUGAUGCAUUUUUCAUAGCUUUGGUUUCCAUGGUCUGCUUCAAAGAUAACUCACCACCAACAAAAGAAGUGGUUCACGAUCUACUGUCUCUGCUACUUUUUCUAAAAAAGGCAGAUCCCAGCGUCUCAGACAAAGACUGUUCGUAUGCUACGAGACAUCUUUCACCAUUUGUUGAGGCCGCUGAUCAAAAUCCUGUUGUCCGUUCCAUUGUUCUUAAACUACUGUUGAAAUACAGUUUUGAUGACAUUAAAAAUUACCUGCAGGAUUAUCUAUCUGCAUUUCAAAACACAAAAAUAUUUCAAGAAAGUGAGACUGAACUCUAUGCAUUGUUUCUGAAUUGUUUGGAGGAUUCAAUUUACGAAAAAUCUCAGUGGUGUACAGUGCAAGAAAAAAUUGCAUAUCUAGCCCAAGAGGGUGAAUUCCUUCAGAUGUACAUUCAACAUAAGAGGAAACAGAUGACAAUAGAAAAGCUACAGAUAAUUGCCCGGAUUCGCCUCUGUUUUGACACUGCUGCCCAGCUACUUUGUGAAUCGUGUGACACACUUGAUCAGGAUUCAAAAUAUGCACGUGCAAAAGAAACUUUCCUACAUUGCAUUAAGAGUGUGAUUCUCAAUCGAGGAAAUGAUUGGUUCAAAAUUUAUCUUGUGCGAAAGUUGUGUAGUCUAAAUGGAAUAGAGUUCGUCCAGGAGCUCAUAAUGAAUGACCAAUUUUCAUGGAUCUUUCCCAAGGAAGUUUUACAAAGGAGAGAGAGUACUGGACAAAUUGAUCGUUACAUUGCAUGUGGCAAAAAUUAUCAAACGCUUCGUGAUGCUUUAUUCAAAUCCUUUGUUUCGAGUGAGCCUAAAAGUAUUGAAGAAGCUAAAAAGGUUUGCAAAUGCUCUUCCAAAGAGAAAGGUGCUCAUAUGACCCUCGCAAUAUUCCGGGAAUUCACUAUUCUGUACACAUCAAGCAAACCAAGCGACCAUCCAAACAAAGAUCAAUGUGACUUUAUUGCGAAGUACAUUGAGGAAGAAAAUGUUUUUCACUCUCCCAUGUGUAAGAAGUUUGCCAUCAGAUUACUCAAGAAUGACAUUCCUGGACUUGAGAUUAAUCCAGGGCUAAAUAGCCAGGAGAGGACGAUUAUCGAGAUAAUCAUUCAUGCAGCAGCUGUCAUCUUGUUCAGUGAGGAAAAUAGCAUCCUGACUCCACUCCAGCAUCUAUCUUUCCAACCUGCUCUUAUGGAGAAUACGUUCCUACCCACAAUGCCUGAAGAUAUAAGCAUUGAAGCUAGAGGAUGGACUGCUUUACAGAAUCAUACCUGGUAUCAAUGCCCAAAUGGACAUCCUUGCCUUGUAGGAGAGUGUGGUCGACCUGUGGAAGUAGCCCGUUGUCCUGAAUGCAAAGCUGUAGUUGGAGGACAUAAUCACAAUCCUGUUAGUGGAUUUACUGCAGCUGCUAUGAUGGACAAAACACAAACGGGACACAUCUUAGGUGAUCCCAGGAAAAGAGAAACAAUCGUUGCUCCUGACAGACAAAUGUCCUUGGUGUCAUUUUUACUUGUGCGUCUGAUGACACAUGUGGCUAUGUUUAUAGGAACUAUGGAGGAUGUCAAGUCAAUAGAACAAAUUAUAAAACCACAAGUUCAAAAUCCAAGGGACUUUCUCUGGCGUCAUAUCAAAAAAGACAUAGAACAGCUCAGGAAUUCACUGGCAAAGACUAUCGAUGAAACGGCAAUAGUUGUUCAUCUCUUUCUCCGCCAACUCAUUCAUCAAAAGAAGCUCCCUACAUUACCAGGAAACCUGUCCACCAAGGCACAAAGGAAAAAUUGGGAGAGCUCUAUUUCAAAAGAGGUGAUAACUCCUGCAGUGGAGAAUCUGGACAGGAAACUUGUGGAUAUUAACAGCCAGAUAAGUCAAGAUAAAAGAAGUGGUUCCGAUUUUAUUGUCAAAAUUGUGUACAGUGACCCCCAAACAUUCCUUACAUUACCUAAAGGGGAUGCCUUGCAUUGCUCUGCUAUAUGGGCUUGUAGAAAGAGAAUUUCUCCUGAACAUUUGAGACAUAUGAUGGAGAAUAGGGAAGAGAAAGAAAAUGUGCCCAUCCUACAGACAUUUCUACAAAAGGAAGUACAGUUAAGGUUGGUGAAGUACCUGCCAGAAUUACUGGCGCUUCAGAAUGACUUGACAAAACUAUUUCAGAAUACAACAGAGGUACCGAAGCAAUCCGCUUCUGAUUUUCUUCAAACCAUCAGCUCUGAACCAGUAAGGAGUACAUUUACAUCCCGAAUCUCAUGCUUUAUCUCUGUGUGGAACCAACUUCGAACGUUCCUCAUUACUAAUGGUGAAUUUAAGAUUCCAGAAGAGUUUGGUGCUUCGGAUUUGGACAUGCAAAACUGCCAACUUGAGGUUCUGCUCCCUCGACGCCAAGGUCUUGGCUUGUGCUCUACUGCGCUAGUUAGCUACCUCAUAGCUCUUCAGAAUGACUUUGUAUAUACAGUGGAGAAGUAUACUAUUGAAUCUACUCCAUACUCAAUCAGUCCACAGGAUGUAUCCGACUUGCACGUAAUCAGAUAUGAGGUUGGAAAGGACAUAAUUCCUCUCCUCUUGUCCAACUGUCAAUAUACAAUGGAAAAAGGAAGCGAAAUUGUGAUCGAGUAUGACUUCAAGAGAAUUGAACAGCAAUUGACCAACAGAUUCUUAAAAGGAAAACCACUUAUUAGUUUAAAGGGAAUACCUACGCUGAUUUACAGACAAGACAGAAAUUAUGGAAUUAUCUUUCAUGAUAUCCAAAACAGAAUUCCUCAGGAAUCACUGCCAAUCUCUGUUAUUAAUGUCAUAAGUGGUGAACUUCAGUCAUACAGUGAAGUAUGCGAAGCAUUCACUGCUGUGGAAGUCACUUCAGGAAUUUUGGCCAUGUCAGGAGGAGACCCUGAUCUAAAACUGGAUGUUUACUUGAAGGAUGUAUUGCAAAUGGAAGCUCAGACCUCACCUCAUGUAAUGGAAACAUUGAGAAGAUGCAAGUUGAAGCACAUCCAAGCACUCUGGCAACUCCUCUCUUCAAGAAAAUCCGAAUGUUCACUUAUUUUGAAUAGGGAUCCUUUCUCAGGGAUUAAAAAUGAAUAUAAAGAGCACCUCAGUGAGGAAGUAAAGAAACAAUUACGCCCCUUCUUUGUCCAAGCAAGUGUUGAUACUUUCAUACUGGAAUUGCACGAGUUGCUGACUCUGAAAUGUAAAAACGUUCAAUCACCAGACUCUUUCAACCCAACUUGGAGUCUGAAAAUGUCGCUAGGAUCUUUUAUGGAUGUGAAGGAAGUGGACAAUCUGCCAGAACUUGAAGACAUUUUCCCAGAAACAAUUUUGAUGUCACAGAGUGUGGAAACCUGGAAAGCAGCCGUGGCUUUCAAACGGGAACAGUUACAGUUUACAAGAUAAAUCUUAAGAGCUAAAAGCUUUGUCUCUCAGUAAUGAUAGUUUAACUCUACUU